CGCCGGCUCUCCCAGCCCCGGUCCCCCUUUCUAUCGGCCUUCCAGAAAUGCAAGGGACAUUGACCGACAAAAAUCGCUCACAGGUUGGAAAAGCCAAAUGAUGGAGGAUGAUUUGCUAAUCCUGACGCCCCUCUUACUCAGGUCAGGGUCGCCUAAGGAGGACAGGGAGGACCUGAGUGCAACCCUCGGCGCCCUUGGAAUGGUUCAGGAGUCAUGCGACCUAGGGUAGGACGUCUUUUGUAUAUGGCUCCCCGGUGCCGCGGUCCUGAUCUGGCUUGAGAACUUCUGACUUUCCUCCCUUGGGUAGGGAGCGGAAAGCUAUCGUGCUGCACUAUAUCUCCCUCGCGCCCCGCAUCCGCAUAGCCAUGAAGUGCACCAUAUCUUCCUUCCAUGUCUGAAAGGAUUUGAGGACCGAUUUGACCCUCUCGAAUAUACGCUCACUAUCAGAAUUAGUUAUCACCCACGCCUUCCCUCCCUUGAUCACCUGCCAGUGAGGCGUGAGCGACAAGCAGACUUGCCUGUUCAGUAAGACGAGGCUGUUCGGUCAGGAGGUCUUAUAUCUUUGAUUUGUAGGCAGAGUCCAGUGCCACCACGCCUACCAAGCCAUCACGCGACGCAGCGGCCCCCUUCGCGCCUUUAUACGAGCAUAACCUGAGCGGGAGCACCGUUCCUCCGUCGGAAUUUGUUCUAGAUGCAUUUCAGCACACAAGUCUUCAGACAAUCCAGCUUGAGCAUAGGGAAAGCCUCGUCGACGAAUGAGCAAACCGAGAUGGUGUCGAAACAGACCUCAUCGGUGACGACACUGACCGUCUCCGAUUUGGAGUCGCAGAUGGAAGCACUAGGCGUUUCGUGCUGGGACUUUGCCUACCCGACGGGGAAAUGCUCCCUGCCACCGGUCAAGAACUGCUGCUUCACCGCGGAAUCGAAGUCGACCUCGCGCAAAGCACGCGGCGAGCACAAAUCAAAACACCAAGAGCGCCAGGUCACCAGCGGUGCCACUGCAGAGACUGCCGUGUGUGGACUGCAAGCAGACCCAUCAGACGAUCGCCAAUACUCGACGACCAGCAUCACGAAGUCACGAUCGCAGCAGCAUCAUCACCACCACCACCACCACAGCAGCAAAAGCCACAAAAGCGCCAGCAAGCAUCAAACACGCAGUAGCACCAGCAAUCCAGAACUGCGAACCUACCUCCUCUCCUGCCCGACGGUGGCCUCGAUCAUCUACCCGCAGACCUACACGACUAUCUCGUCGCUGCUGCUGACGCCGCAAACGAUGCUCGUCUUCCUGGUCCCGCAGUCCAACAUCCUGUGCCCCAAGGUGUGCGAGCUGAUGCGCCUGCCGCGCGCCGCCGGCAGCGGGAUCCGCAUCCUUCCCGUGCCGCCGGAGAUUGAGAUGCGCGUGGUCUGCGACGACUACGAUGGCGACGGCGACUGCGACAGGGACAGGGAUGCAGACGGUGCUGAGGGGUGCAUGCUCCCCGCCGUCUCCAUCGCCGACGUGCUGGCCGUCGAGGAGGUCGUCACCAAGAUCCUCAAGAAUACCCCCGCCAAGGCGUUUGACGGCUACAUCGCGUUCGAGGACGACCGGGCUGCGUGGACGUUUUUGCACCGCGUCGGGAAGGGCGUCAAGGGCGCGUCGAGGAAGGGUUGCUAGAGUGUGCAAUGCAAGGAAGGGAACGCGAGGCGUUUGAGGUGCUUGGGAGCGUUGAAGGGUCUUGAUAUCGCACACGACAACAAGUAGGGCUCGGGUCUUGAGCAAGUGGGAAUAUGUUUGGUCUUGACUUGGUCGUUGUCAACUUUCUAUAUUAUUCCUUUUUUUUUUUGGUUUAGUAUAUCUCGAUGGUGCCCUGCCGGGUACCGCUGGCCAGUCUGGGACGAGACAUGGCCGGAAUGAAAAUGCAAUGAGACGAAA